AUGGCCUCUCCCGCCAACUCCAUCCCAGACACCCAGCUGGGCCUCACCCAGGGCGAGAUCCAGCUGCUCCGCCAGCACCAGGCGAUUGCCCUCUCCCAGGCCGGCAACUCGUCCUCGCGCGCCGCCUCCAAUGCCUCCAGCCAUGGCCGCCUGCUGCUGGACCCAAGCAGCUUGCAGGCCCUAAGCUCGCACUUCGACCGCUUAAUGUACUCCAUCCAACAGCGAUAUCAAUCACUGACCGCCCAAACACAAACCGCAACCCAGACCCAGUACGAUCGCGCGGGCAAUGCAAUCCAGGCCGCCGACGCCGAAAUCGCCCGUUUCCGGGAAAUCCUGCGCCAAAUCGACGAGCUCCAGGUUGAGUUCGAUAAGGUGCGUCGCAUCGGAGAGAUUGUGAAGGCCUUCCGAGCACGCGUCGAGCAUCUCGAGCGCCGAAUAUAA